AUGUCCACCCUUGAAUUCGCGAUCCCCAAAGGCUCGACCGUUCUAGUCACAGGUGCCAGCGGUCUCGUAGGCUCUCAUGUUGCCGACCAGUUCCUUCAGUUUGGGUACAAAGUCCGCGGCACCGCUCGCAACACGAAGAAGAGCGCCUGGCUCAGCGAAGUCUUCGACAAGAAGUACGGAACGGGCCAAUUUGAGCUGCUAUCCAUCCCAGAUAUGGCGGCCAAUGACGCAUUUAUCGAAGCUGUUAAAGGCGUAUCGGCUGUUGCCCAUGUGGCCUCUGUCAUGACAUUCGACCCUGACCCUAACAAGGUUAUCCAUAUUGUCAUUGCCGGCGCUGUCAAUGUACUUAAAGCCGCUUUCGCGGAGCCAAGCGUCAAGCGUUUCAUGUACACGUCCUCUUCGACGGCUGCGUUGCUGCCUAAGCCAAAUGUGCCUGGAAUCGUCGUGACAGAGAAUACUUGGAACGAUGAAGCCGUCAAGCUAGCCUGGUCGUCCACGAGCUACUCUGCGGAGCAGGCUAAUCUGACUUAUGCUGCCAGCAAGACUCAAGCAGAGCAGGAAGUUUGGAAGUUCUAUAAAGAGAAUAAAGGCAAACGACCCGACCUGGUUGUCAACAAAGUUGUCCCAGACUGCAACUUUGGCAAGAGUCUCGACGUUGUUAACCAAGGACACCCGUCUACGUCGGGGUUCCUCGUCUUUCUGUGGCAAAACCAGAACCUGGAGAUCCUGAAACAGUUCGAUCCCCGACACUUCGUCGACGUCCAAGAUACUGGGAUCCUUCACGUUGCCGCGGCCGUCCACCCCGAUGUUAAAGGCGAGCGUAUCUUUGCCUUCGCGGAACCCUUCAACUGGGACAAGGUCCUAGAUAUCUUACGAAAGCAGAAUCCAGGCGUAAAGUUCAUUGACAACUUCCAGCCCGAUGAGGAUCUCAGUGAGAUCAAGCCGAAAGCAAGGGCCGAGCAGCUUCUGCGAGACUUGGGAAGACCAGGGUGGACGUCUCUGGAAGAUGGUAUUUUGAUGAACACCGAAGACCUCCGUCAGGGAGGUGUGGGAUGGUCCCCAAUGGCGGGGAAUCUUGCUAUGAGUUUGGACGCCAUCAAAGGUGCGAAUUAG